AUGCUAUGCUCAGAGAAGACCUCUGUAAACAUUCGCGAAGGUAGCAGUGACAUACAAGGAAGUAUCAGUAUUCCAUCGUCUAUUAGCGACAAAGAGAACGUUGUUCCAGAUGAGAGCCAAGCAUCUUCUUCUCAUGAACAACAUGUUGAUAAUUCUCCUUCUUCUCUAAACAGACCCUAUUCAAGCAAGUCUGCUGCCAAAAAGAAAAGCACACGAUCUUCGGCGUUGAAGUCACGCAAAGAAAAUUCUUUCUCGUGUAAUCAAGGCAAGAAAAAUGUAUCGCCUGAGUCAGGUGCAGACGGUGGCCAAUCUCCUCGUCUCAAACAUGCCAAAACCGACAGUGCCAUCAGAGUAAGAUCUACAGAUCACAAAAAUGUGGAAGGUGAAGUAUCGCGUGAGGCAUUUCCUUCGAAAAAAUUAUUGGAACAAUUUCGUUAUCUUUAUCUCAAAGGCCUAUAUAAUAUGUGGCUUGAGUGUGCAAAUCGACAAAACCACGGUAGCUCCAAUGCUAGUAAAAAUGAGAACGCUGAUUCACAAGGUCCCGUAUUCUGGGAAACUCUGAAUGUAGACGCAGUUUAUAUAGAGCCUUUUCUUGUUGAUGAUAAUGGCAUCACAAAUUUGGAUUUGGCUUCGGGUAUGUUUGAUUUUGAGUCUAAUUUUAUUUGA